AUGGAAUCAAGCAAAAGAAACAUUUACUCCUUCAAGUUCAAGGAUCCCGAUCUGAAGAAUUUACGUAACUUGGUCUCUCAGAUGCACCCUGUAUACAGAAUCAACUUUGGAAAGAAUUAUGGCAAUUUACUCAGCAUCCUCAAUCAACAAGUGGACCAUACAACCUUGAUCACUUUAGCCCAAUUUUAUGACUUACCUUUAAGAUGCUUCACAUUCCAAGACUUCCAGCUAGCACCAACGUUGGAAGAAUUUGAGCGUCUUGUUAGGAUUCCUAUGAAGGACAAGCCACUAUUUGAAGGGACAGAUGAAUCUUUUCCCCUCGAGGUCAUUGCCAGUGCGCUUCACAUGGAUGAAAAGGAAGCAAAAGACAAUUUAGAAACCAAAGGAAAUACCAAAGGGUUUUCACUAAGUUUUCUUUUGGAAAGAGCUCAUACCCCGUUGAAGGCAGAAAGUUGGGAUUCUUGUUAUUCUGCUAUUGCAUUGGCUAUCUAUGGCAUCGUCCUGUUCCCUAAUAUGGAUGGUUUCGUAGACAUGACUGCCAUUUGUGUUUUCCUUACUAGGAACCCAGUACCCACUUUGUUAGCCGAUGUCUAUUAUCAAAUAAGUCAUAGGUAUACUAAGAAGAAGGGAUUGAUUGCUUGUUGUGCUCCUUUAUUGUAUCAGUGGUUUCUAGAACAUCUUCUGAAGAUAGGUGCUUGGGUUGAACAGACAGAUAUUAGUUGGCCUCAGAGAUUGGGAUCACUCCGAUCUGAAGAUCUCUCUUGGUACUCCAAAGAAUAUAUCAACGCAGACAUCAUAUUCAGUUGUGGAGAUUUACCAAAUAUACCGCUCAUUGGAACUCAAGGAUGUGUGAAUGCUAAUCCAGUUCUAUCACUCAGACAACUCGGUUACCCAAUGGAAGGCCUUCCAGAGGCAAAUUCUCUAGAAGCUUUCUUGUUACUUGACUUUGGGGCUGAGAAUCCUAGCUUAUUCCAGCGAAACAAAGAAGCUUGGAAAAAUGUCAAUCGAAAAGGAAAAGCUGAGUUAGGGAGAGCAAAUGGGAUUACAAAAGAACCAUAUUUUCAGUGGGUAAAGGAAAGGCUAGAAAAAGAGAAUGAAGAGCUGCAGACAAAACUCCAACAAACCAUCAAUGAGAAAAAUAAUAUGAAGUGGGAGCUUGAGAGAAAAGAAGCGCAACUUCAAGCCCGCGUGGAAAAGUUCAACAAGGAGGAGCAUAAGAGAAAGAAGAUCAAAGUGGGAUUAGAACCGGCUGAUCAUUGUUUGGAUACUCUUAAGGGUCAACUACGACAAGCUCAAAAAGAAUGUCAAGACAAUGAGCGUUGGUGGCAUCUAGCCACAAAGGAGAACAAGACAAUAAGGGAUACACUUGGGGCUCAGAUAAAGGAACUCACCAAUUCUGUUCGUCAUGCAAAAGCUGAAGUAGAUCAGGAGCGCCGACUCAAGAAAAUAGCCACUGAAGCUUCUAGGGUGUCACCCAUGGUAUGGGAGGAGAAGUGUCGAGAAGUAAGAGAUGCCAGGGAGUCUGUAAGCUAUUGGAAGAACCAGCUAGAGUCAUUACGCCAGGACAACUCCAUAUGGUUGAAAGAACGAGACUAUGUGAUUGAAGAUUAUGAAUCCUUUAAGAAAACCAUAAGCUUCUUACAAGGAGAUAGGGAUAAGUUUCGUGCAAAACUCGAUGGGCUAGUAGGAUUCUGUAAUUGGGAAACUAAAGAGUUGUCAUGGAGGUUGAAAGACGCAGUCGAAGAGUUGAAAGAAGAUAGCACUCCACCAGCCAUAAUCAAUUUCGUUCUGCUCUGCAAAGGGUUGUUGAAGAGAUUCAAUGAGGAACUAGAAGAGCUUCAGGCCAGAAAGUCAGUUGUUUAA